CCACUAUACCCCGCGCCCAUAUAAUGUAGACCUUUCUGCUCCAAGAGCCGUCACAAUGACCUCUCUCAACGGAUAUUUCCUAUUAUCCUUGCAUUUGCAUAGAAUUCCUCAGCUACUACACCCUACCCACUUACCCUCCCUUCCCACCUAAAAACCAAUCCAGGCCAACCCAACAAUGUCCACCACCACCACCACGACAACGAGGGACCAACCCACCGCACCCCCACCCACGCACCCAACCCUGAUCCACGUCCACCGCAGCCCCAUCCCCUUCGCCAGCGGCGCCUACUCCCUCGUCUCGCUCCCGGCGGGCUCCCUCUUCUGCAAGAUCACCGGCACCACCCCGGCCCGGAAAGCGUACACCUCCGUGCAGACGGGGCGCGACGCGCACAUCGAGCUCAACUCCGACCUCGUCUACUGCAACCACUCGUGCGCGCCGACGGUGGACUUCGACAUGCACCGUAUGGAGGUGCGCGUCGUGGCGGACCGCGACCUGCAGGCCGGCGACCCCCUGACCUUCUUCUACCCCCAGUCGGAGUGGGAGAUGGACCAGCCGUUCCAGUGCACGUGUGGGGCUGGGGCGCGGUGUCGGGGCGUUAUCGAUGGGGCGAAGAGGAUGGAUGCCGCGGUGUUGAGGGAGUAUUGGUUGAAUCCGUAUAUUGAGGAGAUGGUGAGGGAGAGGGAGGGCGGAUCUGUUUAG